AUGGCUCCUGCUCUUUUGCCUGCCACCCUCCCUCUGUGUGUGUGUCUGCUGCUGGCAUCUGGCUCUGCCCAGGCAGGCAAGCUGCUGGUGGUGCCCAUGGAUGGCAGCCACUGGUUUACCAUGCGGUCAGUUGUGGAGACACUAGUCCACAGAGGACAUGAGGUGGUUGCUGUCAUGCCAGAGGUGAGUUGGCAACUGGGACAGUCACUGAAUUUUACAGUGAAGACUUAUUCAACUUCUUACACUUUGGAGGACUUGGAACAUGAGUUUAAAGUUUUUGCUGAGGAUAAAAUGAAAAAAUCAGAUGAAAAUUUAGUGUCUGCAUUAUUGGAUUCAAACAAGGGGUUUUUUGAACUACAUUUUGCCCACUGUAGGAGUUUGUUUAAUGACAAGAAGUUAGUAGAAUACUUACAGGAGAGCUCUUUUGAUGCAGUGUUUAUGGAUCCUUUUGACGUGUGUGGUCUAAUUAUUGCCAAGUACUUUUCACUCCCAUCUGUGGUCUUCACCAGGGGAGUAUUCUGCCAUUACCUUGAAGAAGGUGCUCAGUGCCCCAGUCCUCUGUCCUACAUUCCCAGAUUUUUAAUGAGGUUCUCAGAUGCCAUGACUUUUAAGCAGAGAGUAGAGAACCUUAUAAGCCACUUAGCGGAGCAUUUAUUUUGCCCAUAUUUCUUGAAAACCACCUUGGAAAGUGCCUCUGAAAUUCUCCAAGCCCCUGUCACACCAUAUGAUCUCUUCAGCCAAGUAUCCAUUUGGUUGCUUCGAACUGACUUUGUUUUGGACUAUCCCAGACCUGUGAUGCCCAACAUGAUCUUCAUUGGUGGAAUCAACUGUCACCAGGGGAAGCCACUGGCCAUGGUAAGCGUGUCUCCCUUAGUACUCUGA